AUGCGGGCACCGGCGCUGCUGCUGCUGGCCGCGCUGGCCGCGCUGGCGCAGGCCCGGGAGCCCCCGGCGGCGCCCUGCCCCGCGCGCUGCGACGUGUCGCGGUGCCCGAGCCCGCGCUGCCCCGGCGGCUACGUGCCCGACCCCUGCGGCUGCUGCCUGGUGUGCGCGGCCGGCGAGGGCGAGCCGUGCGGCCGGCCGCUGGACGCGCCCUGCGGGGACAGCCUGGAGUGCUCGCGGGGCCUGUGCCGCUGCCGCUGGGCGCACGCCGUGUGCGGCACCGACGGGCACACCUACGCCAACGUGUGCGCGCUGCAGGCGGCCAGCCGGCGGGCGCUGCGGCUCUCCGGGGCGCCCGUGCGCCAGCUGCAGAAGGGCGCCUGCCCGCUGGGUCUCCACCAGCUGACCAGCCCACGGUACAAGUUCAACUUCAUCGCCGACGUGGUGGAGCAGAUCGCGCCGGCCGUAGUCCACAUUGAGCUCUUCCUGAGACACCCGCUGUUCGGCCGCAACGUGCCGCUGUCCAGCGGCUCCGGCUUCCUGGUGUCGGAGGCCGGCCUGAUCGUCACCAACGCCCACGUGGCCUCCAGCACCAACGCCGUGUCCGGCCGCCAGCAGCUCAAGGUGCAGCUGCAGAGCGGCGACACCUACGAGGCCACCAUCAAAGACAUCGACAAGAAGUCGGACAUCGCCACCAUCAAGAUCCACCCCAAGAAAAAGCUCCCGGCACUGCAGCUGGGCCGAUCGGCAGACCUGCGCCCCGGUGAGUUCGUGGUGGCCAUCGGCAGCCCCUUCGCCCUGCAGAACACCGUGACCACCGGCAUCGUCAGCACGGCCCAGCGCGACGGCAAGGAGCUGGGCCUGCGGGACUCGGACAUGGACUACGUGCAGACGGACGCCAUCAUCAACUACGGGAACUCCGGGGGACCCCUGGUGAACCUGGACGGUGAGGUCAUCGGCAUCAACACGCUCAAGGUCGCAGCGGGCAUCUCCUUCGCCAUCCCCUCCGACCGCAUCGCGCUCUUCCUGACCGAGGUCCAGGACAAGCACGCCAAAGAUUGGAAGAAGCGCUUCAUUGGCAUCCGGAUGCGGACCAUCACCCCCAGUUUGGUGGAGGAGCUGAAGGCCAACAACCCGGACUUCCCCGAGGUCAGCAGCGGCAUCUACGUGCAGGAGGUGGUCCCGAACUCCCCGUCUCAGAGAGGAGGCAUCCAGGACGGCGACAUCAUCGUGAAGGUGAACGGGCGGCCGCUGGCGGACUCGAGCGAGCUGCAGGAGGCCGUGCUGACCGAGUCGCCGCUGCUGCUGGAGGUGCGACGCGGCAACGAUGACCUGCUGUUCAGCAUCGCCCCCGAGGUGGUGCUGUGA